AUGGCCUUCAAGUCUCUCCUGCUAGGCCUGGCUGCCGUACAAUCUGUCACCGCACAUUUCGGUGUUGUGUAUCCCGAAUGGCGAGCCGAUACCCUCGCUGCAGAAAACGAAGACAAGUACAGCCAGUGGAACUAUCCUUGCGGUGGAGUUCCCUACAAGGCCGGCAACAUCACCAACUGGCCCAUUGGCGGAGGUGGCGUGGAACUCGACCUCCAUCACCCCUGGACAUAUCUCUUCAUCAACCUCGGUCUGGGAGCAAACACCACAAACUUCAACAUAUCCCUCACCCCCGAGCUCACCAACGUCACCGGCAAGGGCACUCUCUGCAUCGACAAGCUCCCCGUGCCCCUUGACAGCAUCGCGGACGGAACCCUGGCGUCCAUUCAAUUCGUUACUAGUGGCGAAUCGGGCAGCGCCUUGUAUAACUGCGCCGAUAUUCGAUUCACCAAGAAUGCUACGGGGCUGAGCAACUGCUCAACCUCAGACGGAUUGGUUAUGCACACAAUCAAGGAUGAGCAACAAAAUGGCACGCAGCCUUCCCAGGACGGCGCCUCUGGCACUGAGGACAAGAAGAAUGCUGCUGGCAUUCUGGGCACCGACAAGACUGUGUUGGCAACAGUCGUUGGCCUUGCGGUUGCAUUCUCUUUGGGGCUGGGCAUCUAA